GUCUGCCGGAAAGGAAGAAGAAGAGAAGAAGGACGCCGAACUUCCAGAUCAACUCCGGACAGACGGACGGACGUGGACCCUUCACCCGGGAAAAGAUGAGUCUGCGGGACAUUAGCGAGGAUCUGAGGCUGGCUCGCGAGUACGCCCUGCUGGGGAACUACGCCUCGGCCAGCGUCCUGUACCGCGGCCUGCUGGAACAGAUCAAGAAAUAUGCGUACACUGUCCGAGACACCAGCUUCCACCAGCGCUGGCAGCAGUGGUGGCAGGAGGUCAGCGAGGAGAACCGUCAGCUUCAGGAAAUCAUGUCUGUUCUGGAGACCUUCCAGCAGGGAACCACCGUGGCUAAAUCCAGCAGCUUCGACGACAUGGAAAUCAGAUCGGUUCACGCGGAGCCCAGACACUCUCCCUGUCCCGUCAGGCGACCUUCGAACGUCUACAAGGAGAGCAAACCUGCCAACAACCGCCUGAGCGCCAACGUGCGGCCGCAGCAGAAGAAUUCCCCCCGAGGAGCCAACGGAGACCGGGCCAAGCCCAACAAGGCCAAGGACAAGGAGAGGGAGGCCAGGGAGGGCAGGGAGGCCGGCAAGGCCAAGGAUGACAAGAACAAAGACGGUCAGGAGAAGGAAGUGAAGAAGUUCGACGGCACGGGCUACGACCGGGACCUGGUGGAGGCGCUGGAGAGGGACAUCAUUUCCCAGAACCCCAACGUGACGUGGGACGACAUCGCCGAUCUGGGAGACGCCAAGAAGCUCCUGAAGGAGGCCGUCGUGCUGCCCAUGUGGAUGCCGGCGUUUUUCAAAGGCAUCCGGAGACCCUGGAAGGGAGUGCUGAUGGUGGGACCUCCGGGCACAGGAAAGACCCUCCUGGCCAAAGCCGUGGCCACCGAGUGCAGGACCACCUUCUUCAACGUGUCGUCCUCCACCCUCACGUCCAAGUACCGCGGAGAGUCGGAGAAGCUGGUGCGGCUCCUCUUCGAGAUGGCUCGUUUCUAUGCGCCCACGACCAUCUUCAUCGACGAGAUCGACUCCAUGUGCAGCCGCAGAGGAACCUCGGAGGAGCACGAGGCCAGCCGCAGGGUCAAGGCCGAGCUGCUGGUGCAGAUGGACGGCGUGGGCGGAGCCUCGGAGAACGAGGACCCGUCGAAGAUGGUGAUGGUGCUGGCCGCCACCAACUUCCCCUGGGACAUCGACGAGGCGCUGAGGAGGCGGCUGGAGAAGAGGAUCUACAUCCCGCUGCCCUCCGCUAAGGGGCGGGUGGAGCUGCUCAGGAUCAACCUGAAGGAGCUGGAGCUGGCCGCAGACGUGGACCUGGACAAGAUCGCCGAGCAGAUGGAGGGCUACUCCGGAGCAGACAUCACCAACGUGUGCAGGGACGCGUCCCUCAUGGCCAUGAGGAGACGGAUCGAGGGUCUGACCCCGGAGGAGAUCCGGAACAUCUCCCGGGACGAGAUGCACAUGCCCACCACCAUGGAGGACUUCCAGUCCGCGCUCAGGAAGGUCUCCAAGUCCGUCUCCGCCGCGGACCUGGAGAAGUACGAGAAGUGGAUCGAGGAGUUCGGGUCCUGCUGAAGGAGCCGAGCGGCCCGGCGUCGACACUCAGCUGCAAAUCAUUUCAUGUUUUCAUCCGCGUUGUAAAAAUCAAAGACUGGCCGAUGAGUUCCUCACCAGGAAAUGAACUCGAGCAUUUUAUAUUUUCUUUUUUCAAGAACACUACCUUAUUUUUCUUUUGAUUCUUUCACACUUUUGAAUCUAUUAUGUGAAGUAAUCUUCUAUUAAUAAAGUUUAUGGACAUUG